AUGGCUUCAUUAUCUAGGAACUGUCUAUAUUUUUGAAUAAUAUUCAUAAUAAUAUUUAUCAAUAGUUUUAUAUAUCACAUUUUAAUCCAUAGCGAUAGAGAAUUCCCCUAUAAGACCCCAUUAUUUAUUACCAAACUUAACCCUCAGAGAAAACUUAUCGUGUUCUUAUCAAUCAAGAAUUUGAAUUACAGCUUGUUUAGAUUAAUAAGAACAAUCUUGAACUAGAUUAGGAAGAAAGUCGAAAAAUGCUCGUAAUAAAAAGUAAUUUGAUCGAGUAUGUAGCAAAUGUGAAAGGAGGUCAUAUAAAGCUAACAACUCAAAGGUGGAGAUAAGAAGCCUUAAUCAGACCCAGAAAUCAAGAUAACAGGAUUCGAUGAAA